AUGCGACGCGCCGUAAUACAAAACCUGCGCACCUUCCGCCGGUCAACUCCUCGCAAAGCCCUCAAGAGUCUGCGCAUCUCCAGCAACCAGCAUGCCCAGUUCAGUCGCAGCGUAGUCAACCGCUCGCCCUCGCCCCUCCAGUCGUCCAUGCGCUUAUCCCGCCGAAUAUCGGUCCCCAUCGCCCUCGGAGUAGGUGCCUCGGCGCUCUAUUACGGCUACGAGCAGCAGCGAGCUCGAUCAACACCAAACACCACCGCAGAUGUAUCCCAGGUCUCUUCUGCUGCUGUGAGCGGGAGCCAGGGGCGAAGUUACUCCACAGCCACAGCGACAGCAACGCAUGUGCCAUCCUCCUCACUACCUGCCGGAGUACCUCUCGAAGCAGAGAGUGUCCCGGAGUCGGUGCGGAAGGCACUGAUUGUCGAGCAAGGCCAACUCUUCACCGCGCAGAUUCCAGCGGACCAGCCCAUCAGCAAAGAGACGGAUUUCUCAGGACGCAAGGUGUUGGAGAUGCUGACGCCUGAUCAAGCAAGCGCAAAGCUCAGGACGAACGAGGAGAGCUACUUGGUCGGGAGAGGCGAGGGUGUGGUGCGGUACGAUGUGGUGCAGAUUCCGAGCAACGACCCGAUCGAGGAUGACCAUGUCGAGAAGAUAGUAGAGGUCCCGAAUACAACGGCAGCCGCUGAGGAGGGCAAGGCGAGCUCGGACUGGAUGUUUUGGGGUGUUUUCGACGGACACUCCGGCUGGACAACGUCUGCGAAACUUCGUCAGACCUUGGUCUCCUAUGUGGCGCGUGAGCUCAACGCGACAUACAAGUCAGCCUUGCAAGAUCCUAAGCUCACCUUCCCGUCUGCCGAUUCGGUGGACGCAGCCAUCAAGAAAGGGUUUGUCAAGUUGGACAACGAGAUCACACAUGAGAGUGUAGCAAAGGUCCUCAAGGCACAAUCGAAAGUCGUAGCUGCAGAAAUCCUCGCACCAGCACUUUCCGGCUCCUGCGCGCUACUUUCUUUCUACGAUAGCCGAUCGAAAGAGCUUCGGGUAGCAUGUACGGGUGACAGUCGGGCCGUAUUGGGACGAAGGGGAAGCAGCGGCAAGUGGACUGCGACUGCGCUUUCCAUCGAUCAGACCGGCGGCACUCCUUCUGAAGACGAGCGACUCCGAGCCGAGCACCCCGGCGAACCGAACGUCACGCUCAAUGGCCGCAUCUUGGGUGGCUUGGAGCCCAGCAGAGCGUUUGGAGAUGCCAUCUACAAAUGGAGCACCGAGACGCAAGAGAAGAUGAAGAAGAACUUCUUUGGCCGAAGCCCGAGCCGAUUCUUGAAGACACCGCCAUAUGUAACGGCAGAGCCAGUGAUUACACGCACCAAGAUCGAUCCCACCAAGGGCGACUUCGUUGUAAUGGCUACUGAUGGGCUUUGGGAGAUGCUUACCAACGAGGAAGUUGUUGGAUUGGUCGGCCAAUGGCUCGAGAAGCAGGCUUCAGUUUCUAGCGAGACCAAGAGCGGGAACAAUGGAUGGCUGCAGUCCUGGUUCAGCAGUCAAAAGGCGGGCGCACUACCAAUCGAACACCACGACCAAGGAGACGCCAGCGGCCAGAGAGCACCUGUCCGCCAACAACAGUGGGGAAUCCCAACCGGCCAGGACCAGCGAUUCGUUGUCGAGGAUAAGAAUGCGGCAACACAUUUGGUCCGAAAUGCCCUCGGCGGCAAGGAUAAAGACAUGCUCAGCGCACUGCUUACUCUCCCUUCACCAUACAGCCGGAGAUACCGCGAUGACUUGACGGUGCAGGUCAUCUUCUUCGGCGAAGGUCAGGGUAAUGGCAGAGUGGAGCUGAAUAAGGAGGCCAGCGCCACAGCGAACGGGAAUGGCAAUGGUGUGAAGGCUAAACUAUGA